GGGCGGCCCAGCCGCGCGCUCUCCGUUCUUAGGCCUGCAACGCGCGGAGCCGGAGCUCUGCGCCGGGCGGUGGGAGAGAGUGCUAUACAGCGAGGUUGCCUUUACACACGUCAGGUGGCCACGAUGGCUUCAAAAUCUCAGGCCAGCAUCCUCAAAGCCAAGAAUCCUGCCAGCAACUUCAAUGGCAAGGCCGCGUCUCAAGGACAGUGGGGCCGGGCCUGGGAGGUGGACUGGUUCUCCCUGGCCAGCGUCAUCUUCCUGCUGAGCUUCGCCCCCUUCAUCGUCUACUACUUCAUCAUGGCCUGUGACCAGUACGACUGCUCGCUGACCACCCCUGUGGUGGACCUGGCCACUGGCAAGGCUCGCCUCGCAGACAUCUGGGCCAAGACCCCGCCGGUGACGGCCACAGCCGCCCAGCUCUAUGCCUCCUGGGUCAUCUUCCAGAUUCUCCUAUACAUGUUACUCCCUGACUUCUGCCACCGAUUUCUGCCAGGCUACGUAGGGGGAGUCCAGGAGGGGGCAGUGACCCCGGCAGGGAUUGUGAACAAGUACCAGAUCAACGGCUUGCAGGCCUGGCUCAUCACCCACCUUCUGUGGUUCGCCAAUGCUCACUUCCUGUUCUACUUCUCUCCUACCAUCAUCUUUGACAACUGGAUCCCGCUGCUGUGGUGCGCCAACAUCCUCGGCUACGCCGUGUCUACCUUCGCGAUGAUCAAGGGCUACUUUUUCCCCACGAGUGCCGAGGACUGCAAAUUCACAGGCAAUUUCUUCUACAACUACAUGAUGGGCAUUGAGUUUAACCCUCGGAUCGGGAAGUGGUUUGACUUCAAGCUCUUCUUCAACGGGCGCCCGGGGAUCGUUGCCUGGACGCUCAUCAACCUGUCCUUCGCCGCCAAGCAGCAGGAGCUCCACGGCCACGUGACCAACUCCAUGGUCUUGGUCAACGUCCUGCAGGCCAUCUAUGUGCUGGACUUCUUCUGGAAUGAGGCCUGGUACCUGAAGACCAUAGACAUCUGCCAUGACCACUUCGGGUGGUACCUGGGCUGGGGCGACUGCGUCUGGCUGCCCUACCUGUACACGCUGCAGGGCCUGUACCUGGUGUCCCACCCCGUGGAGCUGUCCACCCCGCACGCCGUGGGCGUCCUGCUCCUGGGGCUCGUGGGCUACUACGUCUUCCGCAUGGCCAACCAUCAGAAGGACCUGUUCCGCCGCACGGACGGACGCUGCCUCAUCUGGGGCCGCAAGCCCAAGGUCAUCGAGUGCGCGUACUCCUCGUCCGACGGCCAGCGGCACCACAGCAAGCUGCUGGUGUCUGGCUUCUGGGGCGUGGCCCGCCACUUCAACUACACGGGCGACCUGAUGGGCAGCCUGGCCUACUGCCUGGCCUGCGGCGGGGGCCACCUCCUGCCCUACUUCUACGCCAUCUACAUGACCAUCCUGCUGACCCACCGCUGCCUGCGGGACGAGCACCGCUGUGCCAACAAGUACGGCCGGGACUGGGACCGCUACACCGCGGCCGUGCCCUACCGCCUGCUGCCCGGGCUCUUCUAGGAACCGGCCAGGUGGCCGUGUGGAGCGAGUGGAGCUGGACCUGUGGGCUGACGUCCCGAUCCCCCUCCGGGAAACCCAGUCCCUUCGUCUAUGAUACGGAAUGAGCUGGCACGGGCAGGUGCCCUGUCCAGGCUGUUGCUCCCUCCCCUCAGUUUCCCCACGGGGAUCUGAGUCUACACCAGCUGUCUUCCCACCAGCAAGAAUAAGGUGGGAGGGUGACCGGUCACUUCUGAUAGCCUUGGAUAAGCUAAGCUGUUUUGGUGUGUGUGUGUGUCCGUGGUGUGUGUGUGUGUGUCCGUGGUG